UCUACCGUCGGCCGUCCCAAUCGCCGGCCACUUCUAUUUCCGGGUGCGGCUUCUGUCAGAGCGGAGGCCUGUCUUCAAACGUGGCGUCUUGGGUCCCUAGGGCCUCGCCGGGGGUCCGCGCACAAGGACCGGCGCGGGCACUUUGCGGCCAACAACUGGAGCCAGCCCUCGCGUACCGGGUCCGCACUGGCACCUCUAACCCUUCAGAGCUGGCUGGCUUUUAAGCCCUCGCGAUUGAGGGCCCUUGAUUCGCAGCCUCCAGGACUGCAGCUCUAGAAGAGAGCACCCCUUCGGCUAUACCUGUAUCCCAUAGGCAUGCUUUGCCCUGUGAGGUGCAGCAUUUGACAAGUCACCCCUACCCCCACGUUACCACUUCCACCUCAAUUUCUGCCACGUCUGCCUUAAUUUCGUUCUUAACCUCCUUGAUUUGAGACCCCUCCCCCUCUCUGCCUCCAGAAGAGGUCUCUCCCCACCCCCCGGUUCUGUAAAAGAGGAGUUUUGGGUCUCUUGCAGAAAGAUUGCCUUUAAGACUGAGCACCCGUUUGAUAACUAAAACAAGUUCAUGCUUGCUAAAGAGUUUGUGGGCAAAGCGAAACCCAGUGCACAUAAGAAACUAUGGCUGAGCACGGGGCUCACAUCACAACUGCUUCUGUGGUGGAUGACCAGCCAUCCAUCUUUGAGGUGGUAGCACAGGACAGUUUAAUGACAGCAGUGAGACCUGCUCUUCAGCAUGUGGUCAAGGUUCUCGCAGAAUCAAAUCCUGCCCACUAUGGCUUCUUUUGGAGGUGGUUUGAUGAAAUCUUCGCCCUGCUAGAUCUUCUGCUCCAGCAGCAUUAUCUGUCUAAAACCAGUGCCUCAUUUUCUGAAAAUUUUUAUGGCUUAAAGCGCAUUGUAAUGGGGGACACAUACAAGCCUGAGAGACUGGCCAGUGCUGGUCUCCCAAAGCGGCAGCUGUGGAAGUCAAUUAUGUUCCUGGUUCUUCUUCCCUACCUGAAAGUGAAGCUGGAGAAGCUUGUUUCUAGCCUGAGGGAAGAGGAUGAAUAUUCUAUCCACCCCCCUUCUUCCCGCUGGAAACAGUUUUAUAGAGCCUUCCUGGCAGCCUACCCAUUUGUUAACAUGGCAUGGGAAGGCUGGUUUUUUGUACAGCAACUUCGAUACAUCCUGGGAAAGGCUCAGCAUCACUCCCCGUUGCUGAGGCUGGCUGGAGUUCGGCUAGGUCGCCUUACAGUUCAAGAUCUACAAGCUCUGGAGCAUAAAGCAGCUGAAGCCAGCAUAAUGCAGCAACCAGCCAGGAGUGUUGGUGAGAAGAUAAAGUCAGCUCUGAAGAAAGCCUUGGGAGGUGCGGCCUUAUCCCUCUCUACUGGCCUUUCUGUGGGAGUAUUCUUUCUGCAGUUCCUUGAGUGGUGGUACUCCUCUGAAAAUCAAGAAACUAUCAAGUCACUGACUGCUCUGCCUACUCCACCACCUCCUGUACACCUAGACUACAAUUCUGAUUCUCCUCUGUUACCUAAAAUGAAGACUGUGUGCCCCCUGUGUCGCAAAACCCGGGUAAAUGAUACUGUUCUUGCCACCUCUGGCUAUGUGUUUUGUUAUCGCUGUGUAUUUAAUUAUGUGAGGAGUCACCAAGCUUGUCCCAUAACAGGUUAUCCAACAGAAGUACAACAUCUAAUUAAACUGUAUUCCCCUGAAAACUGAAAGGGAUUAGCAUUUUAUUUCAUAACAAAAUUAUUGCACCAUAAGGCAAUGAUUUUCAGUUUCAGUACAUAGCAUUGUUUGAAUUGUAUGAAAACUGAAUUGUAUGAAAACUGAUUUUCAGUUCAGUACACAGUAUUGUUUGAUUCUUCUCAUCUUCAAUUUAUAAUUACAUGAACUUUACACAACUAGAGAAACUGAUUUUCAGUUUCAGUACAUAGCAUUGUUUGAAUUGUAUGAAAACUGAUUUUCAGUUCAGUACACAGUAUUGUUUGAUUCUUCUCAUCCUCAAUUCAUAAUUACAUGAACUUUACACAACUAGAGUUGACCCCUGAAUGACAGGUGUGUUAAUGGUGCCAACGUGACCCCCCCCAAGUAGAAAGUUAAUGUAUAACUUUGACUCCCCCAAAAUGUAACUACUAAUAGGCUACUAUUGACCGGAAGCCUUACUGCUAAUAGAAACAAUUAACACAUUCUGUAUAUUAGAAUUGAAUAAUUGAAAUGGAAUUAGAUGUAUUACAUAUUGUAUACUUGCAGUAAAGUGAGAUAAAUAAAAUACUUAAAUCAUAACAUAAAUACAUUUAUACUGUAAAAAAUCCACAUAUAAGUGGACCCACACAAUUCAAAUCUGUGUUCAAAGGUCAACUUAUGGAUUUCUUUAAAAGGAUAUAUCCAUUGAUCUAACCUUUUAACCAGCUCUCUAGACUCCUACUUAGAGUUUAGCAAGCUGGCUAGAAUAACAGAAUCAGGAUUGACAGGGGACAUGAAGGUCAGUGUAGAGCAAGUGGAUGAAAGAGGAUAGUACAGAAGCUUUUCCUUAAAGAACAAGAGGUAUAAAAUCUCAGGAGAAACCCAAGAUAGACCUCAUAAAGUGGGUGAUAGGGAAGCAGGCCUUUUCUUGAGAAACGAAAGCAUUUAUCCACCCUGAGAAAAAGAUUUUAUCAGUUUGCAAUGUGAAAUGUUUACCUGCUCUUCACAGAAAUACUUGAAAACACUUGAGAAAAACAAAGCACCAUCCAUGUACUGUGACCCACUUUAAGUAGCAUAUGCUAGAGUGUAAUCAAGUAAGAUUCCUUUAUGAGCCAUACAUAUCUUUUCUUGGGGAACUAGUUAAAGAAAAAUAGGGGUUGAGCAUAUACACAGAGCUGUCUAAAGAUUUCAGUGUGAUGAAAGCAAAAUGAAUAAGCAAUCAAGAGAUGACGUAACAUACUGAUUUAACUAUGAUUGUGCAAAAGAACCUUUUAAUAAGCUCUUUCUUCUUGCUGUUAAGAGUUUGCUAAAUGGGCACGAGUUACUCUGGCUAUUACUAAGUUUCUAUGAAACGCUUAAGUAAAUUUUAAAAAUAAAUGUUUUUGGCAAAGA